AUGGCCUCCAUCAAGGCGAAUUGUCGCAAGGUCAUCUGCAUUGGCCGAAACUAUGCUGAUCAUAUAACCGAGCUGUCGUCUGCCCGUCCCUCACAACCGUUCUUCUUCCUCAAGCCAACCUCGUCUAUCCUCCUCCCGAACAAGGGUCCCAUCGUCCGCCCGCGCGGCGUGAAUCUGCAUCAUGAAGUCGAGCUUGGCCUAGUCAUUGGAGAAACGCCGACCCCGCUGAAGAACCUGCGGGUGGAUGAUUCCCGCUUCCUCGACCAUAUCAAGUGCUAUUUCCUGGGUAUCGAUGUGACCGCUCGAAAUGUACAAGAUGAAGCAAAGAAGAAGGGCCUUCCUUGGACCAUCGCCAAGGGCUUUGAUACCUUCUUGCCUAUCAGCCACGAGAUCCCCUUUGACCGCAUCUCCGACCCUCACGACGUUGUGCUGUGGUUGAAAGUCAACGGCGAGGUUCGACAAAAGGAUAACUCUAACUUGAUGUUGUUUAAUAUUCCUAGAAUGCUGAGUGAUAUUAGUAAGGUCAUGACGCUGGAAGAAGGCGACAUUAUAUUGACAGGCACCCCCAAAGGCGUCGGCCCGCUCAAGGGCGGAGACAAGGUUGAAUGCGGUCUAGAGGCAGACGGUCUCGAAGUGGUCGAGGCGAAAAUUGAAGUUGACGUGGUGGAUGAUGACUCCGAAGAUGGAUAUGUGUUCAGGGAGACAUGA